GUCAUUCAAGUUUAAUUUUAUUUUUUCACUGGCGAAAGUUCUCGCGUCGGCAAAACAGGCGGAAUGCAAUUAAAUUAGGGCAAGCGGUUAGACUCAGUCUCAUGAGUUUUCUUUACGUUUCUAUCUUAUUGAGUGCUUUGGUCCCUUCAGUCGAUACCAAGCUAAAAGGAACUUUUGGCAAAAAUGUCACAUCUGCGGAUUACGCUACAAGUAUUGGCGGUAUAUUAUUAUUCCUGGUAUUUGGUACAACACGCACAGUGGCGAUUUUUCUUCCAUGUUGUUAUUACUUGCCACCGGACGCAAAACGACCAUUAAAUGAGACAUCAUUCAGCAGCUAUAAUCAUCCAUACAACCCCACAAAUGAUGAGACAACAGAAGUCGUCGAACAACAACAACCUUCAAUGGAUUUCAUAGUGAUCAAAGAAAAUAAAGAACAGGAACCGACUUUUAUGUCGGUCACCAGUGAACAAGUUCUCUUGGAUAACAUGUCGGUAGAAUCAAGCCUAGCGGAUAUUGGCUCAUUUAAUAACAAUAAAUUUGUACCAACCUCGUUGGAUGAUGCUGCGCUUUUUGAGGUGAUCGAAGUUUAUUAG